UCUGCCCCUUCCUGGGUAGGAUCAGCCCUUUUGGUUUCCUCCACCGUUCCUUUUCAAACAUCACUGUCAUUACAAAUUUGCACAUUCUUUUGUAGCAUCAACUCGCAUCUAAAGACCCAAUUCCCCCUUUCCGCGAAAUUAUACGAGAUCUAUACGUCCCCAACUUUAAGAAGACAUCAUUCAUCAUGCAAAUCACCAACCUUUUUACGCUGGCCCUUGGCGCCACCCUCGUAGCAGCAGCUCCAGUGGCCCAAGAAAAUGAAGUCACGAAAAGAUCAUCGGAUCCAACUUUCAUCAAAGACAUGCUUGCCUACCACAACUUCUUCCGCAAACAACACGGAGCCAAGGAUCUGGUUUGGGAUCAAAAGCUCGCAGAUUUUGGUCAAAAAGACACAGACAAAUGUGCUCAAAAACACUCGGUAAGCUCCGGUCUUGUUCUGUUCUCCACGUUUCUCUUGUCUCGUGGCUAUUUUCUAACGCUUUCUUCAGAAUGGACCAUACGGUGAGAACAAGGCAUGGGGAACAGUCCUAGAUACCAAAACCGCUGUCAAUAUGUGGGGAAGCGAACGCACCAAGUUCAACUUCAACAAUGGGGGCUUCAGCAUGGCGACUGGUCAUUUUACACAGGUUGUUUGGAAGGAGACAACCAAAGUUGGAUGUGGACUUACCAAGUGUGGUGGCUCUAUUGGAAACUUGAUUACGUGCGAGUAUGAAGCUUUUGGAAACUUGGAAGGAGCGUACAGAAAGCAGAUAGGUACGAUAAUUGCACCUGCGAAGUUGACCGAUAAGAUCGCUUAGGGAGCAGAUCUAUGAUAUGUAACGAUCGAACGAAAUAACGCUUUGAUUAUUUCUUAU